AUGUCCAUUUCAAAGGAAAAAAUUGAAACCGAUCUUGAACUUUAUUAUCAGAAUGAUCCCUCUAAACCUCAUGAAAUAUCAAGACGGGACAUAAAUCGUAUCAGUUGUGAACUUUCAUCAGACAGCGAAGAAGUAAAGUAUGAAAAAUAUCGAAA